AUGUCGACGUCCACGUCUAUUUCAGACCACAACACUUCAGACCCCAACGUGACCUCAACGACGACGUACGCCAUCUACCCCCUCACGCCCCUCGACACCAUGAGCGAAGCGGCCAACAUCGGCAGCGCGUGGAUCGUAGAGGGCCUUGUGGACGUUGCGGAGAUCCGGCGGGCGUUGGAUGGGGUGGUGCGGAAGUGGGGUGUGUUGAGUGGGAGAGUCGAGUUGCAAUCGUCUUGUGCUGCCGGGGAGGGUGGUUUGACGAGGGAUGGUGAUGGUGGUGAUGGGGUGGUGGGGGAUGGGUGUAAAAGAUACCAAAUUCGAGUCCCGCUUCACUCGGACGGGGCCCUAAAUUUUCCAGAGGGGUACAAAUCCUACGGUUUAACAUCGACGACAUCGCCCUACCCGUUAAGUCACUACGGUAUUAAAAUCCGCUUUCCAGAUGCGACUGCGAGUGUCUCGGACGUCCCGCCGAUGCACCUGUUCGUACCUGAGGAGCGGCUCCGGAGGACACAGUGGGGUCUGGCGGAUUAUGUGAAGAAUGGGGAACCGCUUAUGCAUUGGCAUGUUACGCAUUUUUUGGGUGGUUACAGGGAUGGGGUUGGGGGCGAAAGAGAAGUUAGGCACGAAGAUGAAAAGGUCCGAGUCUCGCUAGGAUCGAGAGAAGGCAAAGACGACGAAAGAGAGGACCUGGGGUACUCGUGUAUUGGCGUCCACUGGCCACACGGGAUCUUCGAUGGGGUUGGAAUUUCUAUCGUCAUUCAUGCCUUUGAGGCAGAGUUGAAUGGGAGGACGUGGACCCCUCCUCCGAAGCUUUUGCCUGGUGUUAAUGAGAAUGUGUUUGAAGGGCUUGUUAGGGAGGCGCUUCGGAAACGAGGAGGAUCAGAGGGGGUUGGUGGUGGGGAGGAGGAGGGUAAAGGGGUACCCUCCAAUCCCGAAGCUCAUUUCUCGUCUUCGCCCUCGGAAGAGAACACAUCUCCCCUCCCCUUCAGCUCGUCCAUACCCCGAACCCACUUCACGCUCGUCAAUCUCUUCGUUCUUAUCCGUUUCAUACUGGGGAUGAUGUGGGUUAAUUUCGUACUCAAGACGUCGGAGUAUACGGUUGUAAUACCGUAUGAGGUUCAUCGGCGUUUGGUGGCAGAAGUGAGGAAGAGGGCGGAAGAGGAGGGGUUGGACGAUGCGAAGAGGAUUUCGACUGGGGAUGUUGUUAUUGCUUGGUGGAUAAAGACGAUGUAUGGAGAUGAGAAAGAUCGCAGGAUUCAUUUAGGGAAUAUUUCUUCGCUUCGGGGUGGUGUGGAGGGAUGGAGCGAGGUGUUGGGGAUGUACCCGCAUAAUUGUAUUAGUACGAUUGCGUACCCGCUUCUCACCUCCCAUUCCUCCUUCUCCCUUUCCUCUGUGUCCUCGCCGUUGAAAACCUCUACGAACUCUGUCUCAAUUUCCCAACCCCUCCACCGCCUUGCCCACACCCUCACCCAAACCCGGCUUCACCAUACCACCCGCCUCUCCGAGCUUUUAGCCAUGUGGGAUUUGUUACGCGAGAAGGAGGAGGGGAGGAAGGAGGGCUGGGGGUGGCCCUAUGAGGUACUACCGUAUAGACGGGAUGCGAAUGAGAGUGUUAUGGUUACUAAUAUGUGUGCUGGGGGGAUUGGGUGGUUGGAUUGGGGUGGGGCUUUGGGAGGAAGCCUCGGUGGUAGUGGUGGCGAAAAAGGAGGACUUGACGAAGACGAAUUAAGAGAGAAAGCGAGGCGAAGGAGGAAACGAGGUGGAAAAACCCUCAUGCACUACAAACUCUUCCCCGGUCCUCUCAAGAUGCCUGGUAUUCUCAAUAUUAAUGGGAAAUUGGAGAAUGGGGAUUUGGUUGUUAGUACGUUUUCUACUGUUGCGAGGAGGAGGAAGAUUGAGGAGGGGUGUAGAGUGUUGGAGAGGGGGGUUAGGGAGGGGGAUUUGGAUGGGGUGGUUUAUUAG